AUGCGGUCGCAGUUUCUUUCUCGUCGGACACGGUCACUGGUAAAGGCCCCGUCUUUUCACCACCGUGCUUUACUCUCGUCAACUCACGCCCUUCGCUAUCCUCGCAAAGAUCCCUCACAUUCCCCGGAGGCAGCUCCGCGGCUUUCGAAACGUUCCUCUUCGUCAGUCUCUCCCCCUCCAGCUGAAUCUGAUGAACCUACGCCGCCAGCCUUGCCCAGCCCGGCGGAGCCUCCGCCAGACGGUGCAGAGGAGAAACCGAAACGUCGAACUAGAUCCUCAGCGGCGAGUAAAGAUGCUGAGUCUUCCGUCCCGCUGUCAUCUGGCGUCCCACUGCCAUCUGGACUAGAAAUCCUGUGGACGCCAGAAAGCGAUCCGAGUGACUCACCCCAUGCGCAUGCUCUGCCACCGCCCGAGAUGUUCGACGAGAUCUUGCAUAAUUUCCAUAUUACGAUGCUCCCACGGACGCAGCACCAGGCGACAUAUCUCCCACCAGCAGGCCCUCUAGUUGAGCCUACAUUUGCCUUGUACUGUCCUAUAGAAGGCGGGGACGUCUAUGUAGAUGAAACUGUCCGUGAAUUAGCGCGUCGGACGGGCUCCGAGGUAGUGAUGAUCGACGCCGUCCAGCUUGCUGCCGGUGCGUCAGGACAGUUCGGAAAAGCUGCUUCAGUCCUGCAGCUCCCAAACAACCCCCUGCAUCUCUCAUCGCAUUCUAGUCCGCCUCGUAGCAGUGCUCCUCCGUCACCUGCGUACGAAGAAGACGACGAUGAUUGGGAUGAUUCUCCACCUUUCAUGAUACCCACGCGUAUGACUCUGCAAGUGCUGACUCCCGGCACCUUACGGCCAGGCCGUCCGGUCUUGACUGCACCGCCGAGGACCAACUCCAUGAUUAGGCUGAAGCAAUUCUUCGACGAGAUCAUCAAUGUGUCGGCUGAGUCUAGUGGUUGUGAGGGGCCCUCUGACACUCCAUCUCGCAGACCUCGUAUCAUCUACAUUCGUGAUUUCGCUACCCUUGCUCCGACAUCGGCUUCCUGGUACCCUGCACUUCAAGCAGCGGUGCGCCAGCGACGUCAGGGUCCGAUAUCUCGGUCAUCUUCUCCGGUGCUCAAUCCGACCACAAUUGUGUUCGGCAUAACUCCAUCUAUAGUCGCGCCAUCCCCUUCUUCAAGUAUGUCUGGCCCUGGACAAGGCUUGAUGAAUCUCCUUAUGUCUCGUAACUCUACAUCAUCGACAGGUGCAGUCGCGAACAAGACACCCAAAACGGAAUACGGGGAAGAUGCCGCUAGUGACAGAGCACGGGAGAAGCGUAUGAUGGCUCGUUUCAAGCGAUGGGCUCGAGGAGACGCUUCCCAAGACCUGCCGCAGCUAGCAUCUCACGAAGAGUCCGACGAGGCGUCCAGAGGCAAGCCUGACGUCGUCAUCAUGGGUGGCGCCGACGGUCUGCCCGCUGUACUCAAUUCCGCAUUUUCCCGCCUAUCUGCUGCCAGCUCUAGCAGUCGGGCACCCGCAGCAGAAUCCGAGUCGCGUAGCCAAUUCUUCCGCACUUCGUUUGUAGUGCCGAACGCUCGUACGCCUUCGCUCGAGCGAGCAACCCGAAUGUCGCGGCGGAGAGAGAUCAACGAGCUGACGGUGCGAAUGGGUGUCGCAGCUGUUGGCGGGGAAUUGGGCAAGAUGGAGCCUAUUGAGGCGCCCAAGGAUGAUCCUGAGCAAUCCUCUACGCAGAAGGCCCAUCGUAUGUGGGAGGAAUGGGGGAAGGUCGCUAUGCCUUGGUCAACGGUCCGUCGCAUUGCAGACAGAGCAGUCGGUAGUGUCAUUGCUGCAAGAGAUGGCAAAGAAUCGACAUUGCCAUCUUUGGAGCCAACUCCCAUCACAUGGCUAGCAGUCUACGAAGCCUGGGCAAAUGACAAGGCUGCGCAAGACUUAUGGAAGUCCGUGCUGAUAGAGUCACCACAAAGGAUCUUGCGUGAGCACGAUGAAAAUGAGGAAGGCCAGACAGAGGGAGAAACCAAGGAAAAUGAAGUCGAUGAAGUCGUCGAACGUAUCAAAAGGGACCCCGACCUCGAUGCGCACGAGGCCCGUUUACUUGGUUGCAUAGUUGACAAGACAUCCCUCACAACAACGUUCAGUCAAGUAUACCUUCCGGACGAUACCAUAGAUGCUGUGCGGACUAUUGUUUCCCUACCGCUUCUGUUCCCUUCAGCUUUCCAGCACGGCCUGCUCAAGGAGCAUAGAAUGACAGGCCUUCUCUUAUUUGGACCGCCCGGUACAGGUAAGACAUUGGUUGUGCGUGCACUCGCCAAGGAAGCUGGAUGUCGAAUGCUGGCAAUCAAGCCUUCCGAUGUCAUGGAUAUGUACGUUGGAGAGGGUGAAAAACUAGUCCGAGGUGUCUUCUCCUUGGCUCGCAAGUUGUCUCCUUGUGUCGUCUUCCUUGAUGAACUCGAUGCGCUCCUCGGUGCGCGUGUGUCUCGUGAAUCAGGUGGCGGGAUCGCACACCGAGGUGUUAUCACCGAAUUCAUGCAAGAAAUGGAUGGCUUGAGGUCGUCGAAGGAAGAUAAUGUCAUCGUGAUCGGUGCGACCAAUCGCCCGUUCGAUCUUGAUGAUGCUGUCCUCCGACGUCUCCCUCGACGACUACUAGUGGAUCUUCCGGGCGAGAAGGAGCGCGAAGGUUGGCUCUUGGCGUUAUCACAGAUCUUGAAGAUCCUACUUCGUGACGAGACAAUCGCACCCGACGUGGACACCAAACAACUAGCCAAGAACACGCAGUCAUUCUCAGGAUCUGAUCUGAAGCAUUUAUGUGUCUCUGCAGUACUAGAUGCUGUGAAGGAACGAGUUACUGUGCCUUGGCGUUCACGGCCCUCCUUGUCUUCUACAGUCGCGCAAAGCAAGGCACCUAUGGCAGAAACUCAGGCAGACAACGGUGCCGUAGCGGACGCAACCACUUCAGAAGGCGAGCCGAUUGGUGAGGCUGAAGCCACUGUUCUGGCAGAGGUACCUGCAGAAGCACGAGUAGUCUCCUGGCACAACUUCGAGAAAGCUCUCAAGGAGAUUAGUCCUUCCUCGUCCGAGUCACUUGGCAGCCUCGCGGAUCUGCGCAAAUGGAAUGAAGAGUUCGGCGAGGGUCGCAAAGGGCGGAAGCAGGUCGUCUGGGGCAAGGGCAAAUUUGGCUUCACCGUGGAGACAACCAGUAGUGAAGGCCUGGGGAAAGUAGAGGUCGCAGCCACAGCCGACACCCCCUCAGAGAGGACAAUGGGUUCCCAGUAG